AUGAAAGCCUGGCACCUGCUCCCCCUGGUCGCCCUCUCCCCAACAGUCUCCGCCCACCCCUCCCACCGCACCGCAGGCCGGGCGGUCGACCAACUCCCACCCAUCACCACCGGCCCAACCAGCUACCCCACCACGCUCUCCACCACUUACACCUUCACCUCGUCAACGGGCUACAAAGCCCCGGGCGCCUUCCAGGUCUUCCAGACCGCUAUCGAGCUGACCACCGUCACGGUAACCAUCUACGAGCCGUGGCCAUCACCGCCGCCGUCGUACCCCUACACCGAGACACUCACCCAGGUCUCGACCCUCUCGGCCCGCACGCUGGUGCAGUACGACCCGUCAGGGCCCUUCUCGACCUUCACCCGCUCCUCGACCGUCACCGUGCCCGCGACCUGGGUGCUGCGCGCGCCGCCCGCGCCGACGGACCUGCCCGCGGACGCGGCCCUGCCGGCGUGCGAUCACGACGCGUGUGGCGGCGGCCGCCCGACGGCUGGCGCCCGGACCCGCGCUGCGAGGCCGCCGGCCUGCGCACCGCCUGCCAGGGCUGGCAGUGUCGCCUGCGCGACGGCGGUCUGCUGGGGCAAUGGGACGCUGCUGGAGGAGCUGCUGGAGCCGUGCGCGCGGGGGGAUGUGAUGGUCGGGUGCGUGCCGUGUAAGGGGGUGGAUCAGGAAUGGAGGAGUUAUACGCUGACGUGGGCGGACUGA